CGUAAAUCAUGUGCAACCCAGUCGUAAUUGGAAACCACUGUCUGUAUCCCCGCAAUCCAAAACAGAUCCUCCUCGGUCCCAUCAAAGUAUCAAAUAAACCAAAAAAAUAGCAAGCGCGAACAAGAAAAAAACUGCUGAAGCAGUGAAGGUAGGUUUCUUGUCUUUGUUGCCAAAAGCAAAAGGAGAGAGAGAUGUUGAAGCUUUCUUCUUGUAAUGUGACGGACCAAAUUAACGCCUUGGGUCAAUGUAGAUUCGUGGGUUCACCUGACCCACUCUCCUUUCGCCGGCGUACUCCGGUCGUGGUCUCCUGUUCUCCGUCCUGUAGACUCAACCUGACGCCGGUUCAAGCCGUUCUGUCGGGCCAGCAACAAUUCGGGACGGAUCUGGGCGAAUCCGGAUUGGUUAGUUUGGCUGACCAGCUCCGGUUGGGUAGCUUGACGGAAGAUGGAUUGUCUUAUAAAGAAAAGUUUAUUGUGAGGUGUUAUGAGGUUGGGAUUAACAAAACUGCCACUAUUGAAACCAUUGCUAAUCACUUGCAGGAGGUUGGAGGUAAUCAUGCUCAAAGUGUUGGAUUUUCAAGAGAUGGGUUUGCUACCUCUCCCACCAUGAGAAAAUUGCAUCUCAUAUGGGUGACUGCACGCAUGCACAUCGAAGUAUACAAAUACCCUGCUUGGAGUGAUGUGAUUGAAAUAGAAACGUGGUGCCAAAAUGAGGGUAGAAUUGGAACCAGAAGGGACUGGAUUCUAAAGGACUUUGCUACUGGUGAAGUUAUUGGAAGAGCUACAAGCAAGUGGGUGAUGAUCAACCAGUACACUAGGAGGCUGCAGAAAGUUAGUGAUGAUGUCAAGGAAGAAUAUUUAGUCUUCUGUCCACGAAAACCUCGAUUAGCAUUUCCGGAGGAGAACAAUAAAAGUUUGAAGAAAAUUGCCGAAUUAGAAGAUCCUGUUCAGUAUUCCAAGCUUGGGCUUAUGCCAAGAAGAGCUGAUCUGGACAUGAACCAUCAUGUCAAUAAUGUCACCUACAUUGGAUGGGUUCUGGAGAGCAUGCCUCAAGAGAUCAUUGACACCCACGAACUGCAAACUAUAACGUUGGAUUACAGGCGGGAAAGCCAACAGGAUGAUGUGGUUGAUUCGCUUACGGGUCCAGAACCAGUGGAGGGUACUGAAACAAUAUCAGAGCUUCAUGGAACAAAUGGGUCUGCAGCUACAAGAGAAGACAAUGAGGACUGCCAUCAGUUUUUGCAUCUCUUGAGGUUGUCUAGUGAUGGACAGGAAAUAAAUCGAGGUCGUACUGAAUGGAGAAAGAAACCUGCGAGAUAAGGAAAUUAGUUUUAUUAAACUUUUCCUUCUUUCUCAAUUUGCAGCUUCACCAUUUUUUUUUUUUUGGUUUUUUUAUUUUCUUAUUCACUCCCAAAGGAUUUUGCUUCAAACUUAGUAGUUGUAGGGUGUGUAUUGUGGCGUGGAGCUUGAAUUAGAUAUAGCAAUAGAAAAUUUUGCAAUAAAAAUUUAUCGUUGAUGCACCCGCUGCUUCCAUUUUUAGUUUGUUUUUUUUCCAGCAAUAGUUCAUGAAUACGUAACCUAAAAAAUAAGAUUUGAAA